UCUGUGCCUGUCAUGCACGGGGAUAUAACAGGGGCGAACAUACUAAUUGACAAGAGCGGCCAUGCGAGGCUAAUUGAUUUUGGUCUUUCCACCAUUCUCCGACCCCUUCUCGGCCAGUCGCACUUGGCUGCGACAUCUAUACGCACAGGUGCCAUCCACUAUGCAGCACCAGAACUCGUUCUGUCAGAUGACAUCGAUGACGAUGUCCGUGACCUGGGGCAUUUUGAAAAAAUCGAUAUCUACUCUUUUGGUUGUGUAAUGCUUCAAGUG